AUGUCAGGAAAGUCACCAUCUUCUGCUACCACGCAAGUGAUAGAAGCUCAUGAGACUGAUGCAGCUCAAGAGUCUCCCUUAAGAUAUGCAGCCUAUGCCAGAAGAAUGCAAACCAUUAUGAAGGCAGCUCAUAGAUAUGUUGCUUAUACAUCUGAUAUCGGGGAACUGUUCCGUCCUGUUGCUCAUCCUCGUGUAGUUACUGCUGGUUAUGCAAUCUCUUGGGCUUAUAUAUUGGGUGAUGUUGGAUAUACCAUGUGGAAAACCAAUCUUCUUAGUAAAGGGUUGUAUACUCCUGGAUUAUUACCUUGGCAAUCCAGUCCAAAGGUGGCUGAUCCAGUACAGGCUGCUGAGUUCCAAAAGGAAUAUGGACAUUCAAUUGUUGAAAGUGAUUGGAGAUUGGUUGGUUUGAAGAGAGGUAUCUUUCAAAGUAUUGCUUCUAUGGGAUUACCAGCAUUUACCAUUCAUUCUACUGUUAGAUAUUCAAGUUUGCUAUUCAAGAAUUCCUCUAUUGCUCCAUUGAAAUCAUAUGGUCCAAUUGCCUUAGGGUUAGCAGUAGUACCCUUGUUACCUUAUAUCUUUGAUGAACCUGUUGAGAAGGCAGUAGAUUGGAUAUUUGAGAAAGGUGAGGAAUGGUAUGAGGGAACCACCACCUCCAAGAAGUUACAAUGA